AACAGACUACAAGUAAUACCGCGAGAGAAGGUCCUGCGGUCUAGAUUCCCGCACGCUUCCUCCACCACCCCGCCUUUACCUCUUCCACACACCGGCUAUGCACCUGACCGUGUCGAUAAAAGUGUGAUGACCGUUGAAAUUGGAAUGAGGCAAUGAUACAAACCGUGCGACGGCGUUGAGAGUUGCCCCCAGGCCAAGGACGUCCCCGCCGAACUGCCUUGGCUAACCCCAGUCCAGUGCAACCCUCCACGCGAUCAGAGCUCCCCACGGGGUUUAGUGCGAGACAGCAAGUGCGUUCUAUGACCUGAAAACAAUCCAAUCAGAAAUGCGUCUCUCUCAAGUAGGACGGGACUGUCCGGGGACCCUUCGAGGGGAUUCUGGUGCAACCCCCACGUCUGGCGUAUAGAGGAGACCCGUUCCCAUCUGAACAACCGAGGAGCAAACCCAGAGAGUCUCUUGGAAGAAAAGCAGUGAAUGGCCCUCGAAGCAAUUCAGACCGAUGGCCAUCUACCCCCAUAUAGUCUGCUGUACAACAGGACCAGCGGGAUUGAGUUGAUGGUGGGAAGCAUCGUUGUCACUGGUCCCACGACAAAGUCUGGACCAACAUCCUCCCCCCAUGUUUUCGCUUCUCCAUUCCUUCCCCGGACCCCCUCUCUCCCCCACGCUUUGCGGGCCCCGUAAGGGUCCAGGUGUCCAUCAUUGGCCCCAAUCGCCUUCUCAUGCCGUUCUUUUCCCGUCAAGCUGACCACGCCGGACGGAGUUUACCUUCUCGGCACGCCCCCCGUGGGGUUGAAUCAUGCCGUAUGACCGGCUCUGGUUGGCGCGUCGGCCCAUUCCACCGUCCCAUCCUAUCCACAGAGACAUGGUCCUCCGUGUCCGUUCCCCUAUGAGCUUCGCUGUUGGACCCGGACCAUUUUUCUCGGGAUGUCGUUACGCUAUAGCUGGCCGGCUUCCCACAAAGAGUUACGGUCAACUCGGACCCUGAAAACCUUUCUUUUUUGGAGAUCCCGGUUUGAUUGUGCGAGGGGAUUCUUAUUUCUUGUCGCUCGUCCUGCCCCCUCUCAAAUAUUUUUAUUUCGUCUCACUACCCCUUGCGUCCUGCGGCACUUUCUCGUCUUUGCGUGGCCGGGUCCUUGUCUUUGGCGUGAUAGCUGGCUCCAUCUCGUCCGUUUAUACUACCUGAUCUAUCUCCCCACACUACAUCGCCAUAAUGUCCCGUCCAUCGCAAGACGUCGAGGCUGCCGAUAUCGACAAGUCCUAUGCGGACAAUAUCGAGGUCGUGGCCAAUGCCAACAAGCCCAAUCCGAGGAAGGAGGCACCGGCCUAUGUCGCUGCGUUGUCGCCCGAAGAGCGUGCGGCGGCUGAAAAGGCCCUCGUUCGCAAGAUUGAUAUCCGCCUACUGCCCAUGAUCAUUGUCAUGUACAUUCUCAAUUACCUUGACAGAAACAAUAUUGCUGCAGCUCGAUUGGCUGGUUUGGAAAAGGAUCUGGGCCUCGUGGGUAACCAGUACUUGACAUGUGUUAGUAUCUUGUUCGUUGGUUACCUCUUGAUGCAAAUUCCCUCCAAUCUGCUCCUCAAUAAGUUCGGAAAACCUGCUAUCUACCUUCCCACCGCCAUGAUCCUCUGGGGUAUCAUCUCGACGGCCACUGCAGCUGCUCACAACUUUGCCGGUCUCGUUGUGAUUCGGUUCUUCCUCGGUUUUGUCGAGGCUGCUUACUUCCCCGGCUGCCUGUACUUCCUGAGCGCGUGGUAUACCCGCAAGGAAUUGGGUUUCCGCACUGCAGCCUUGUACUCGGGCUCUCUUCUCUCGGGUGCUUUCUCUGGUCUCAUUGCCGCCGGUAUCACUAGUGGUAUGGAUAACAAGCUUGGUCUUCGCGCCUGGCGCUGGCUGUUCAUCAUCGAAGGCGCUAUCACUAUCGUCGUCGCCGUAAUCGCCAUCUUCGUCCUGCCCAAUUUCCCCCGUACCACGAGCUGGCUCACCGAAGAGGAGAAGGAACUGGCUGCUUGGCGCCUGGAAGAGGAUAUUGGCGAGGAUGACUGGGUCGACAGCGAGCAGCAGUCCUUCCUUUACGGUGCAAAGCUUGCCUUUACCGACGUCAAGACGUACAUUCUGAUGCUUAUGAUCCUGUGUAUCGUCUCCUCCGCUUCGGUCACGAAUUUCUUCCCCACUGUCGUCAAAACCCUCAACUACGGCAACAUCGAAACCCUCCUGCUAACCGCUCCUCCAUACUGUCUCGCCGUUAUUUGCGCAUUCGCCAAUGCCUGGCAUGCCGAUCGCACUGGCGAGCGUUACUUCCACGUCACCCUCCCGUUGUACGUCUCUGUUGCAGCUUUUAUCAUCGCUGCCGCCACUACCAGUACCGCUCCUCGAUAUCUUUCCAUGAUGCUCAUGGUGCCAUCGUUCUACUCUGGCUACGUCGUCGCUUUGGGCUGGAUCUCCAACACCCUGCCCCGUCCGGCGUCGAAGCGUGCCGCCGCCCUCGCUGCUAUUAACUGCGUUAGUAAUGCUAGCAGUAUCUAUGCUAGUUACAUGUAUCCUACCAGCGACGGCCCGCGAUUCGUUCCUGCCAUGUCUGUAAACUGCGCAACCGCGUUCAUGGCCAUUCUGGCUGCGACUGCCCUGCGGUUCAUCCUGGUCCGUCUGAACAAGAAGCUUGACCGUGGCGAGCACGUCGAGGGAUCGGUUCCCGGCCAUGCCAGCAGCCGUGGUUUCCGCUUCUUGGUUUAGAUUUUCGAGAGCGGUGGUCAGAUUUGCCUUUUAUCAAACCUGAGUUUUUUUAGUUUUUUACGUUGCUUUGAUACGAGAGGUUGUCUGGGUUUGAACGAGAAACAUGAUGAUAUUGCUAAAUCGACACAAUUACGGGCUUUAGAUAGACUACUUCACUAGAUCUGGGAAUUGGAUUUUUGCAGGGAUGAAAAUGAGCAAUGAACAUGCUUCUUACUCGAACCUUGCUAUUGAACAGUAUUCAC